UGAUACACUUGUUUGAGGGAGUGGCUCGCCCCAUCCGAGACGGAACGAUCGCAGUCUAUAUAAGAGUGGUCCAUGCCGGAUGUUUGACCCAGAACUUCGCGUGCAGUGAAAGUGUACCCGGUGUAAAUAUAUUUUUACCGGAAAUAACAAUGAAUGUCUAUUUAAUAUUGGGUUUGCUGGUAACGGCUGCUUGUGCCGAGAAGAAAAUUAAUUUAGAAGAUAUAGAGAGGGAUAAUCUGAGGGCGGAGGGAAAGGCCAAAACCGAGAACAUCCAGACUGAUGAAACAAAGUACUCCGUUAAACCUAAUGUUAAUCAGCAGCAGUAUCAAAUACCGAACCAAUAUAAUACUUUCGGUGGCCAUCCCGACGGGGGAGCAUACAUCUCUUCUCAACAAUUCCAGGAUGCAAAAUAUAAUCAGGUGCCAUCUGAACAAUACAUUCAACCCAAUCAAUACGCUGUACACGAAGCACAAUAUCAGCAGCAAAACCAAAUUCUGCCGCAAAAUAUUCCUCCAAUACAAUAUUAUAACGGAUAUCAACAGCAAGUGGAAGUACCGACGAAAAACGUUUUACCAAACGCCUUUGAAUCUCAAAAAUUGAAUUAUCAACCGGAAGUAGUAGUAGGCAAUCACAUCCAGAGUGUUCAACAAAAAGCAGUCACGGAAAAGUAUAUAAAACCCGUUAACAAAGGACCUGUUUAUCUCGACAUUCCAGCGACACAACUACUUUCUUACUAUCCUUAUGUAAAUAUUAAUUCCGUUUUGGGUACGAAAGGUGCCGGACCGAUUCAACCUUCGUUACAUCAGUUACCGAACAAUGGGGUUUCACAAAUUCCCUUCCCCGUGUACACCCCCGUAUACAAUCAGAAGCCAUUGGUUUCUCCUGUCAAAACGCCUUAUCCCUAUCCAUAUCCUACGGUCGUACCAGCAACGUUUACGUCCAAGGUGACGAAAGGAUCGGCUUAUACACUUCCAGUCACAUCGAAAAAGUUAAAUUCGUCUCCCUUGCCGGUGUUACCCUUGUACGUUCAACCACAGCAGCCGCUAGCUCAGGGAAAAAAAUUGUUGUACACGCAAGCUUACGUCGCGCCCCCGCAGCCGCAAUACGUGCAGCAAUUAAUUUACACGCAGCCCGGCGCAAUUUAUAGCGAUCCCGCCGCCGCUUACAGUGAUCUCUACGCUCGCAUACCAGCGUACAUUCAGGAAAAUUCUCUUCGUGGUCAAGUAAAUCAAUAUCAAACUCAGCAACAAGUGUACAUUACACCGACGAUCGGACAUGAAGCGCCGAAAGAGGUACUGCAGGAACAAGUCAGCCAAGAACUUCCACAAGAACUUCCACAGGACUAUAUCAAGGUGCCCGAUGAGCCCAAAACUCACUUCGUACCGCCACAGUUGCCACCACAGGAUUUCAAAUCCGGUAUUACGCAACUGGAGCCCGUUCCCUAUGAAAAUGAGGAAUCCUUACAAGUGAAAGAUUCCUUGCCCUCGGAACCCAAGUCACUUCUUGAUACGUAUAUUCCGAGCAAAAUCAUCGCGUCCCAGGAUAGUGCCAGGUACAGAGAAAGGCCGAUCAAAUUGGAGGGGGGUUUUCUCCCGUCGAAAGUGAAUUUUGCGCUCAAGAAGCGCAAAUCCGAGUAACUAAGACCGCCGCAAGCGGCGUGACGAUUGACGAAUGUCAUACACAAGGGUCAGUACAGUACACGAGAAUUGAAUUACUAGCGAUUACGACAACCGAGGCAUACGUGGACAAUAUCGAAGAUGCGCUGUCCGAAUUUCGAGACCGGCGACAUCGUCGCAUCUAGUCUUUCAUCGAAGAUUAUGGAAAUUCUAUACUGUUCUCUUUUACGUUUCUAGAGACGCGUCCAAUAAGUGGCGUACUUGUUUACGAUUUUACAAUAAAACUUUAAAUAAAAGUAUAA